UCUCAUAUAUAAAUACCCUUCCAACCCUUCACUUCAAAACAUAUCACAACUUACUUCAAAUCAUCACAACUUACUUCAUUCCAAGCGACAUGGCUGGCGUCUGGGUUUUCAAGAACAACGGGGUUAUGCAGCUCGUGGAGAAUCCCGGGUCCGAGUAUGCUGAGGGUAAGCGCGGUGCCUCCAAGCAGAAGGUGUUGGUGCACCUACCGUCUGGGCAAGUGGUGUCCUCUUACAAAUCCCUCGACCAAAUUCUCCGGAAUUUGGGGUGGGAGAGGUACUACGGUGGCGACCCCGACCUCUACCAGUUCCACAAACACUCCUCCAUUGACCUCAUUUCUCUCCCCAAAGACUUCAACAAGUUCAGCUCCGUUUACAUGUACGACAUCGUUGUCAAGAACCCUAAUCUCUUUCAUGUCAAAGACAUGUAGCUUCCAUUCCGAUUCUCUUAAGUGUGCUGUCAUGGGCUUUAAUUUGUAAAGUUAUUUCCAAGUGUGCUUUCUAGGAUGGAUAAAUCGGUAGGAUUUUUCGUUUUUUUCCUUCUUCUAUGGACUUUGUCAUGUUCAUAAUUUUUUCUUUAUUUCAUCAAAUCGACACUUCUUGUUGGACU